AUGGACCCAAAUAUGAACAACCUCCUUAAAUGGGGAAUCCAAAACUCCACGAAUGCCCAACAAUCAUCCGACUCUAACAACGAUGGCUCCCAAGCCCCGCGCACCAACGUCACCCCGCAGAUGCUCAACGCGCUCUUCGGCGGCCCCUCCGAAGCCGAUCUGAUGAAAGCCGCAAUGGAAGCCCUGCACUCGGAUGAGGUCGAUCUAGAAAACAAAUUGAUCGCAUUCGACAACUUCGAACAGCUUGUUGAAUCCAUUGAUAAUGCGAAUAACCUCGAACCGUUGGGUCUCUGGACUCCGCUCGUUGAGCUUCUGAAGCAUAAGGAACCGGAUAUGAGGCGGAUGGCGGCGUGGUGCAUUGGGACAGCGGUGCAGAAUAACGAAAAGGCUCAGGAUAAGCUUAUUGUCAUGAACGCCAUUCCAAGCCUCGUCUCGCUAUCCACAGGCGACCCUGAAAAGGCCGUUCGCAAGAAGGCUGUUUAUGCUCUCUCUUCUGCCGUCCGUAACUACCAACCAACAAUGAACGAAUUUGUCAAGCAUCUCCCAGAGGAAUAUGCCAGUGGCAAAGUUGACGCAGGCGACAUGGACACCAUUGAUGCGAUCAUGGGUAAGUUGAGGGCGCACCCCGGACCGUCGUCGUAA